AUGAUCGGCAGGAACAAUGAACAGGCACAGAACUUAUCUAAGGGAAUUGAGACAUCUAAUAUGGACAAAGCUAAGUUAAAAGCAGAAGACAGUAACGCAAGAUACAAAUGUGAAUAUGAAGGAUGUGAACGAACUUACAGCACUGUUGGUAAUCUCCGUACACACUUGAAGACACAUACAGGAGAAUACAAAUUUGUCUGCCCCAUGCCAUCAUGCAAUAAGGCAUUUCUCACAUCCUAUAGUUUGAAGAUACAUGUCCGGGCGCACACUAAGGCUAAACCGUUUGCAUGCAAUAUGGGAACUUGUAAUAAAGCAUUCAACACACUGUACAGAUUGCGGGCGCACCAAAGACUGCACAGCGGCGACACGUUCAACUGCAAAGCGGAAGGCUGUACGAAGUUCUUCACGACACUCAGCGAUUUAAAGAAACACAUACGAACACAUACUCAGGAGCGGCCAUAUAAAUGCAGAACAGAGGGUUGCGGCAAAUCGUUCACAGCAUCGCACCAUUUGAAGGCACAUGCGCGGACGCACACUGGCUCCAGACCACACGCGUGCCCAGCGCCAGCUUGCGGUAAACAAUUCUCCACGCCCACUAGUCUACGCGCACACGCAGCUAAACACCAGACGGAAACCGAGCCGCAACCCAAAGUAACCACCGACAACGUGCCAAGCAAACCCCCGGACGGAAUGAACUGGGACAGCCUCCUAGAGUCCUUCGGUAAAAUAACCACAGAGUCCAACUCGAAUGACAGUCUAGACGACUUAACUGUCAACCCACUCUCUAACAACGUGGACAUAACCGACCUACUCUUUGACAACACUAAUACCAACGACAACGCUAACUAUGACAUAACUAAUCUAGAUCUUAUACCCUUCGACGAUAAACCCAAGAAACCGGAUUGGGAAGGGAAGAAUAUCGAGAAACAAAUUAAACCGAAAGCAAUGCAAUUGGCUUUAGCUAAUGAAGUAGAAUUACAAGCUCCUUGGAUUGACGUCACAGCACUAGCGGCUUCAAUACAGGAAACCCCUAUUAGCAUAAAGGAAAAAACUCCGGAGAAUAUUUUUACACUUGCCACCUUCGUUCCCACGCAUAUGCAGAGCUACAUAGACCUAAACGCCGAAAUGCCCACGGCUAAUGUGCAAAGCUUUGAUCUAGACACGCCAAACAUACUCGACGUUAGCGAUAAAGUAUUCAACGACAGCGAAUUAGUGAGGAACUUCGACCCGCCUAAUCCUAUCGACUUUUUGAAACCGGGCCCAUCUAACGAUAGAAGCUUGAACACCCCCCCUCCGCAAGUACAACAAAGCAUCGAGAUAAAUCCUACAAAUUCUGUGCUAUUUAAUACGGAUCUCGCGUUGGAAGAUACGUUAUUAUUCGACAACGAACCUCCGUCGGACAUGUACGUAGUUAGAACGGAGAAUAUAUUCGGGAAGCAGAGGAGAAAUGCUGUUGAACAGCUGGCGGCUGAUGCCGGGAUCUGUUCGUGCGUGGAAUGCAAGUGCAACCCGAACGACGACUGCGCAGAUUGUUCUAAAUCCACGGAAUCUGAUUGUUGCGAGGAUAAAUGCUCCUGCGUCAACUGCACCUGUAAUCACGCCGAAAUGAAAUGCGCAGUGGGCUGCGGUAAAGCCACAGAAAAUAACCACAACACCUUCCUCGACUACCAUAAACGGCACAAUAAUUCGAAUUUGGAAGACUACGGCGUGUACACGCACGAAUGUUUCGAUCACUCGCCAGCCAGUGUCGCUGAGAGUUUAAAAAAGUUGUCUUGCUCGUGCGAUUCCGAUGAAAAGAAAUGCUGCAAAACGGACUCGAAGGACACCAAGUCGUGCUGCGUCACCAUUUGCAUUAAGAACGUGGAGGCGUUCAAACACUUCUUAACUAACGACCUACUUAACUCCAUUAAAUCUCAGAAUUUUAAUUUGACAACUAGUUAA